AUGGCCUCAGCUGAAACUGCUGGCCUCUUAAACAAUCAGCGUGAGAUCGUCCGCCAAUUAGCAGACUUCCCUGAAAACAUUUGGGCUGAUCGUAUCGCUUCAUUUACUCUGGAUAAGCAGGGAUAUGAAAUGUAUGCCAAAGAAAUUGAAAUGUUAAAGGAAGAAGUGAUGAGCAUGCUUUUGGAAACUGAAAAACCCAUGAUGGAAAAAUUCCAUCUUAUAGACAAAAUUGAACGGCUUGGCAUCUCGCAUCAUUUCGAGGACAAGAUUGAGCAGCAGCUACAAGAACUUUUUUAUACUUAUCCCAACUUUCAGGAGCAUCCAGAGUGUGAUUUAUUGACUGCAGCACUUCAAUUCCGACUAUUCAGGCAACAUGGUUUUAAUAUCUCUUGUGGCAUCUUGGACCAAUUCAUUGAUGAUAAUGGUAAGUUUAAGGAAUCCUUAUGUGAAGACAUAAGGGGUCUGCUAAGUCUGUAUGAAGCUGCUCACAUCAGAACAAAUGGAGACAAAAUUUUAGAAGAAGCCCUUGCUUUCACAACCACUCAUCUGACACUCGGAGUUCCCCACUUGGGCUCUACUCCUGCUAAACAAGUGAAACAUGCUCUUGAACAGCCAUUGCAUAAGGGCAUCCCAUGA